CUCCAAGCCGCACAAUGGCUUCGCGGCCAAUUCACCUUGAGGAUGCAUCCACAGUACCUAGUCUAGAAACCAACCUCUAAAGACCUGAAAAUGCCGACAGCAAAGAUGGGACGAAUCAGUACUUACGCUCUGUUCGGGUACAUGUAUCCUUGAACCCAAACUGUUUCGGGCAGGUACCGCAAUUUCUACGGUUUCUGGCGAGCCCUGAUUUGAUUAGGCCCGAACAAUUCGUGACUGGAACAGGGGCUUGCCUUACUGCAACACCCCUAACAACUGAAAUGGCCAUGGAGAUCAAAUUGCCCGCAUCGUUGAAGAAGGACUCCUCUAUUGUGAUCAUCGGCGCUGGAACCUGGGGCACUGCAAUUGCUUAUCGAUUAGCUAAGCGCGGGUACACGAAGGUAACUGUCCUCGACUCGUACGAAUUCCCCUCCGCUGUGGCCGCGGGAAAUGACGUGAACAAGAUUCUGGAAGAAGCCUAUGAGCCACCAUCUCAAGAUCAGGAUGAUCGGUCAUACGCUUGGGCUGUCAUCGAGCACAUGGCGACCAAGAUUUGGAAAGAUGACCCAGUUUACUCAGCUCACUACCACAACACGGGCUUCAUCUAUGCUGCCGUUGGUGAUGACGCUUACGCGAAAGUCAAGGAGUCUUGUGACAAGACACCAGAAAUCUAUGAACCUUUAGAGGACGCAGCAGCAAUCAAGGCUACAGCGCCAGAUGGUGUCUUUAAGGGCGACUUUGACGGUUGGCGCGGCUACAUUCGAAGAAAUACUGCCGGUUGGGUCGAGGCUAGAGACACAAUCAUCGACACUCACGCCGAAGCUACAAAGAUGGGUGUCAAGUUUAUAUGCGACCCCGUCAAAGGCAAGGUGUUGCGGUUCCUUUACUCCGACGCUGGAGAUGUUACCGGCGCGAUGACCGCAGACAUCGUCAAACAUGAAGCGCAUACCACAAUCCUUGCUGCUGGUGCAUCGAGCUCAUCUUUACUUGACUUCCAGGAUCAGCUUCGCCCUACUGCAUGGACUCUGGCGCAUGUCGCUCUUACGCAAGAGGAGAUACAGUCAGGCGCUUACAAUGAGUUGCCCGUCUUGUAUGGUGUCGACAAGGGCUUCUUCAUUUCGCCUCCGAAGUCCGAAUUCGCAGCCGGGACGCCGGAACUGAAAAUUUGUAAUGAGCAUCCUGGAUUCAUUCACUUAGUCAGCGACGGUAUUUCUCGGUUUCCAAAACCGGCAGUGAUGCAGCGCCAUGCAAUACCUUUGCCUGCCGCGGAAGACAUGCGCAGUUUCCUCAGAGGCACUCUGCCGCAUCUUGCCGACCGGCCUUUGCUUCGUCCACGGCUUUGCUGGGAUGCAGAUACACCCGAUAGACUAUUCUUGCUGUCGCGACAUCCGCGACACCCGAGUUUGUUCAUCGCGGCCGGAGGGUCCGGAAAUGGAUUCAUGUAUUCGCCUGCGGUCGGUAUGCUGGUCGUCGAUCUAAUCGAAGGUCAAGUUGAGGACAGGCUGGCGAAGACGCUUGGCUGGCGCCCCGAGACGGCUGAAGAGAGAGACUGGUUUGAUGUCCAAGGCCGUUAUGGCGGUACUGGAAAAGUUGUCGACUUGAAGGCUUUCAAAGACGAUGAAUGGACGUCUGGUACUGGUUGAUGGGGUUCUACUCGUUGAAUCAAUAUCUGAUAAAUACUUCUAAAAGUGUUAUAGGCUAAGUUUCAGCGCAGCGAGCACAUAAGUGAGGAUCGAUCGAUUCUGCCAGUGCGUAUAUCAGGAGUCAUUUAGGAAAUCUAUGAAGCCAUAACUAGAUUGAACAUCGUGCAACGAUGGUCGAAACUCCGCUUGAGAAGUUCAACCUUGGAUAACUCAAUUUACGGUACCCACUUCGCUCUUGUCAGCACUCUCAUGUAGGACCGUUUGGUCAUGUUAUCUAAGAAAGUCGGAUUUUUGACUCAUGGGUUGUCGGAUAAUGUUACUAUUUAGGUGGCCCACCGAGCCAGGACGGAGAUGAGUCAGUUCAGGCCUUAUC